AUGGCAUUUGAGAGCGAUGGAAUUUCGUGGCGCGUGAAGCUUGUGUUGGAGGAAUCUUAUCAGCAUUAUGGAGGAGGGAGUACGGUAGCUUAUGAAGAGGACGAUCCUGGCAGCGAGUUUAAUCUCGUUAAACGAGUGUUUGAACUCAGUGUCCAAGGGGACGCCUCUAUUCGUGUUAAACAGGUCGUUCAGUACCAGUACUUAUCCUGGCCGGACCAUGGCACACCAGAGGUUGAUCAAUUCGUUAGAGUCUUUAAAGUUUUCCACACUGCACGUCAGAGAGUCUUAAACCGGGAAGGAGCGGCAAACGCGCCAAUUUUAGUCCACUGUAGUGCGGGGGUCGGCAGAACAGGCUGCCUCAUAGCACUAGAGAGGCUCGUAUCGGAGGUCUUCGAGCAGAAGAGAAAAGCAGAGGAAGAGACUCCAUCAGUGCAAACGACCGGCCAGUAUCAACUGAUCUAUGAAGCUAUGGCAUUGCUAGUGUCGAGCGGGUUUUUCAAUGACUCUGCUGGGUCCGCUGCUGCUGACAUCGAAAUUUGA